GUGUGUUUAUCUCUAUUUGUGCAGAAUGUCUCUCAUCUAAAGGAGAAGACAGGCUGUUUCGUCGUUUAUUCAGGAGGUAUAAUCAGUUCAUUCGGCCAGUGGAAAAUGUGUCUGACCCCGUCACUGUGGAAUUUGAGGUCUCCAUCUCACAGCUUGUUAAAGUGGAUGAAGUCAAUCAGAUCAUGGAAACAAAUCUCUGGCUGAGACAUAUAUGGAAUGACUAUAAGCUGAAGUGGUUACCAGCAGAGUUUGAUGGAAUUGAGUUCAUCAGAGUCCCAUCAAAUAAAAUCUGGAGGCCUGACAUUGUACUUUACAACAAUGCCGUUGGGGACUUCUUGGUGGAGGACAAAACCAAAGCUCUUUUGAAAUAUGAUGGAACCAUCACUUGGGUCCCUCCUGCAAUCUUCAAAUCAUCUUGCCCUAUGGACAUCACUUACUUCCCCUUCGACUAUCAGAAUUGCUCUAUGAAGUUUGGUUCCUGGACCUAUGACAAAGCCAAGAUUGACCUGGUUCUUAUUGGCUCAAAGGUAAACCUUAAAGACUUCUGGGAAAGUGGCGAGUGGGAGAUCAUCGAUGCACCCGGUUAUAAGCACGACAUCAAGUACAACUGCUGUGAAGAGAUCUACCCAGACAUUACCUACAGUUUUUACAUUCGGCGACUGCCCCUCUUCUACACUAUCAACCUUAUUAUCCCCUGCCUCCUCAUCUCCUUUCUGACAAUACUCGUCUUCUACCUUCCCUCAGACUGUGGUGAGAAAGUGACAUUGUGCAUCUCUGUACUCCUUUCUCUUACUGUGUUCCUUCUUGUCAUUACGGAAACCAUCCCAUCCACCUCACUCGUGAUCCCUCUGAUAGGCGAGUACCUUCUCUUCACCAUGAUUUUCGUUACCCUCUCCAUUGUCAUCACUGUCUUUGUAUUGAAUGUGCACUAUCGCACCCCUAUGACCCACACUAUGCCUAGCUGGGUCCGUACAGUCUUCCUCCGGGCUUUACCCCGUGUCAUGCUCAUGCGCCGGCCUAUCGAUCUAUCGGAGUCUUCUGGAAAAGGAGGAGUGGAAAUCGCGGGCUCGUCCGGGACUGGAGGAGGACGAGGAGGAGAGGGAAAGAAGAUGAAAAGCAGUGCAUCUCAACAGGGAGCAAUGAACUCUUUGGAAUUUGGAGAGGGGAAAGCAGCAUUAGAAGGAAAGAAAGGGGGAUGCCCAUGUCACCCAAUAAAAGAGGCAAUCGAGGGGGAUUGUGGGAAAGUGAGUCGUCAGUUGACCCCACAGGCUAUUAACACAGUUGUGACUUUCUCUGUGGUGUCACCGGAGAUCAAACAGGCUAUUGAGAGUGUGAAGUACAUUGCUGAGAACAUGAGGAGCCGCAACAAAGCCAAAGAGGUGGAGGAUGAUUGGAAGUAUGUUGCGAUGGUGAUUGACCGGAUCUUCCUUUGGGUCUUUGUGUUGGUGUGUGUGCUGGGAACUUUGGGACUCUUCCUUCAACCUCUGAUUGGCUUCUUCUCGUAACUUACUGUGCCAGCUUGCCUGUUCUAACCAAUCAUUAUCUGAGUUACUGACAUGCUACAUAUUUAAUAAG